CAUGCGUUUCUCCAAAGUUGCCUCGGCCGCCUCCGCUAUCGCCUUCUCUGCCCUCGUUGCAGCAGAGGCUGAGUCCGACGUCGUUUCUCUCACUUCGACCACUUUCACCGACGCCGUCGACCCGGAGCCUCUCAUCCUCGUCGAGUUCUUCGCUCCUUGGUGUGGGCACUGCAAGGCACUCGCCCCUCAUUACGAGGAGGCCGCAACUGCUCUCAAGGAGCACGGCGUUAAGCUCGCCAAGGUGGACUGUGUCGACCAGGCUGACCUUUGCCAGGCCCACGGUGUUCAGGGCUACCCCACACUGAAGGUCUUCAAGAAUGGGUCUGACUCUCCCUACACUGGCCCUCGCAAAGCCGAUGGCAUUGUUAGCUACAUGAUCAAGCAGUCGCUUCCUGCCGUGUCAGACGUCACUGCUGAGAAGCACGAUGAGUUCAAGACGGCUGACAAAGUUGUCGUCGUAGCCUACCUUCCCUCAACCACGGGUGCCCCUGCACCCGAGUUCAGCAAGGCUGCUGAGAAGCAUCGUGAUGACUACCUCUUCGGUAUCUCUACCGACCCUGCUGUUGCCGAGGCCAACGGCAUCCAUCCCCCCGCCCUAGUCCUUUACCGCUCGUUUGAUGAACCCAAGGUCGGUUACCCCUACCCUGCCGCCCACGUCACGGUCGACAAGAUUGAGGACUGGAUCAACGAGUACAAGAUCCCCACGCUCGAUGAGGUCAGCGGGGAGAACUAUGCCACCUACGCCGAGAGUGGUCUUCCGCUCGCAUACCUUUUCGUCGACCCCGCUGACGAGAAGAAGAACGAUUACCUUGACAUUGUCCGCCCUGUCGCCACCAACUACCGUGGCAAGGUUAACUUCGUUUGGAUCGACGCCACCAAGUUCGCCGACCACGCCAAGGCCCUCAACCUUGCUGAGCCCAAGUGGCCUGCGUUUGUCAUCCAGGACCUAUCGAAACAGUUCAAGUACCCGUACGACCAGUCCAAGGAUAUUCGUCAGACCAAGAUCGACGAGAUGGUCGAGGACUUCCUCGCUGGGAACCUCACUCCCGAGCUCAAGAGCCAGCCCAUCCCCGAGACACAGGAUGAGAGCGUGUAUACUCUCGUUAGCAAGGAGUUUGAACAGGUCGUCUUCGAUGAUUCCAAGGAUGUCUUUGUUGAGUUCUACGCAACCUGGUGCGGUCAUUGCAAGCGCCUGAAGCCUAUCUGGGAUUCGCUUGGUGAUCACUUUGAGAGUGUCAAGGACAGUGUCGUCAUUGCCAAGAUGGAGGCUACCGAGAACGACAUCCCUCCCUCGGUUCCGUUCCGUAUCUCCAGCUUCCCUACUCUCAAGUUCAAGCCCGCCGGCUCCAAAGAAUUCCUUGACUACGAUGGCGACCGGUCACUUGAGAGCCUCAUCGCGUUCGUUGAGGAGAGCGCAAAGAACAAGUUUGAUAUCCCUCCCGUUAAGACCGAGACUGAGACCGAGACCAAGGAGGCUCCUGAGCCGGAGGUUGUCCCCCCUGCUGGCGGUGAACAGGUCGUCUUGGAAGGCCAUGACGAGCUCUAAAAAGCGGAACAUGUACUAUAACUUAUAUCACAUAUAUUUGCAUUUUGCCAGCUUGGGCAGUUCAUGUUUGUCACCUUCCGACUAAUGAUAGUUCUUUCGAAUCUUCCAUUGCCG